UCCUGUAUUUUCUAACAAAACCAAGGGCACGAUAUGACGAUACCAAGAACGGCCGGCUCUCUACCCGGCUUGUUGACCGAAAGUAUCGAAUGGUAGAAAAAAGACAGAGGCGGAGAGGCCAGUCCAUUCUAUUUUUCUCGACUCCUCUGGCUCUGUGACAAUCCCAAAGCUAGUUGAAGGCUGAAUCAGUGAUGCACAGCCAACCAAGCUUGCCUUCUUUGUUUAGAGUUUAGAUUUUGAAUUUUUUGUUUCUUUUCUUUUGAUUGCAGAGCUUCUUACACUGAAGAAGCUACCAAUAAAUAAAAAUGACAAGCGUGCACUUAAACGUGUCGUCGAUGGAACUCGACAUCGUGUCUUCCGAUUGGUGGAACGAGAUCAACGAGUCCGCUCGUUGGCAAGAUGGGAUCUUCUUCACUCUCUGUGCUGCUUACGCCCUUGUCUCCUCCGUUGCUCUGAUUCAAUUAAUCCGGAUUGAACUCAGAGUACCCGAGUAUGGUUGGACGACGCAGAAGGUUUUCCAUCUCAUGAACUUCAUUGUAAACGGAGUGCGUGCAGUUGUGUUUGGAUUUCACAAGCAAGUAUUUCUUUUUAAGUUGAAGGUGUUUACUUUUGUGUUGUUGGAUCUUCCUGGACUUUUGUUCUUCUCUACUUACACCCUCCUUGUCCUAUUUUGGGCAGAGAUAUAUCAUCAGGCAAGAAGUCUUCCAACAGAUAAGCUCAGGAUUAUAUACAUUUUCAUUAAUGGUGCUAUAUAUUUAAUACAGGUUUGUAUUUGGAUAUACCUGUGGAUAAAUGACAACAGCAUUGUUGAAUCAAUAGGAAAGAUCUUUAUUGCAGUUGUAUCCUUCAGCGCAGCAUUAGGUUUCUUGCGGUAUGGAGGAAGGCUAUUUAUCAUGCUGAGGCGCUUCCCUAUUGAAUCUAAAGGGCGAAGAAAGAAGCUUAAUGAGGUUGGUUCUGUGACAACAAUUUGUUUCACAUGCUUUCUUAUAAGAUGCUUUGUGGUCAUGUUAUCUAUAUUCGACUCGGAUGCCUCUCUUGAUGUUUUGGAUCAUCCCAUUUUGAACCUUAUCUAUUACAUGCUUACUGAGAUACUACCAUCAGCACUUGUCCUCUACAUCUUGCGCAAGCUCCCACCAAAAAGGGUAUCGGCCCAGUAUCACCCAAUCCGAUAGUUCUGUCACAUGUUACCUUUACAAGUUUCUUCAUUGUCAAACUCAACAUGAUUUUGGAGGUGCAGUUUAACAGUAGAUGGAACAAAAGAGGCAGUGGAAGAAAAUUCCAGAUAUAUUAAUCUGGCAAGGCUUGUGGUCAUGGCAAUGUUUUUUGAUGAGAAAUACGAAGCACUGUUCACAUGAGAGAGAUCUAUUGGCCAGAUUUUUCAUUCACUGGUUUGAAGAGUUGAGCACUUGAUAUUCUGUUUGGGGAGUUUCAUCCAGUGGACAAAUCAAGAGGACAUGUGGCAUUGUGCUCCCUCCUUGUGGGCCUUUGAAGAGUACUUUUGCUAGGUUCAGCAAGGAACUUGGAGAGCAAAAUCUCAAUUUGGGUUUUUAUGACAUUUUGGGGUUUCUAUUUGUAAUGUGAGAUUCAUGUUGGUUCAAUGGUUGAAUCUUUUAGAAAUGAAUUUGCUUUUUUCA